CCAUGCGGCAGUGACAUUCGGACGUACAUCAUAUAUGAUAUCAUCAUCGUAUCUGGCCAGACAUCUAUCUGUCUGUCUUAUGUACAUAAAGUAUAGGCCCAACUGCCGUAAAUGGACCAAGGAAGCAUCGCAUUGCUAGAAGUAAGACCUCUUGGCGGCCCUCUUCCGCUCUCGCGCCCCCUGUGACAGGGACGCACCCGCUUCUCGCGAAACGCUGUCGUCGGCUCCUGGACCAAUCUGAAGGGCAAGGGCAAGGACACAGGGAAGAUGUGGAAAGAGGUCUGUCCGCUCCUCGGGAGUGUACCUGUUCGAUGACCGUGGGCACAUCCAUAGGGAUUGCAUCCUCGUCGUAGGACGCACUGUCCCUAUUCCGCCUCGCAUAGCUGCGACGAGACGGCACCAACUGACACACACAACACAUAAUGCAAUCCAUCCAUCCAUGUCUCCAUGACGGCGUGUGUCGUGGCGGCCUGGGCUACCUACCUGUAGAAGUCCGUCGUCCGCUCUGAUCAUUUUGGUGAAUUCCUGUGCGUCUGAAGUCUCGACGUGCUGCUUGGGCAUCCGCGGCAGCAGCUCCUUCUUGUGGAGCAUCUUGCGACGCCGCAGAAAGGCCAGGUGGUUCUCGGCCUUGAGCCUGAAGUGGAGCUUCUUGAGGGCGAUGCGGGUCUGGGGACUGACACAGUUGCGGCUGGGCGGCAGAUUCCACCGACGUCGGCCACCCUUCUUCAACUUGGAAUUCCUACACACACACACACACAUACCCAUGCGCCCGAAGUGGUCAGGCGGGCAGGUAUGUAUGUAUGUGUGUGUGCAGCGACCUGAGUUUCUUGAUGGCUUGGUGUCUCCGCUCGAGUGCAAGUAUCUUGCGUAUGUUUGAUGUGGCGUAUCUGAGGUCCAGGGGGUUGCCGGCCCGAGCUGCCUCCUUGAUCUUCUUGACCAAGGGGAUCGUUCGACGAGUGAACAAGGUUGUCACGCGACCUGCCAUGCCAGGGAGGGCAUACACACAUUACAUUGAAGGCACAUUAAUUAACGUGUGGACGGGAAGCACGUGAGGUUGCCUUGCCUUGCUGACUGCACUGGUUGGUUGGUUGGCUGACCUGCCUCUCCGCCCCUGGCUGUGCGUCCGACUCUGUGAAUGUAGUCGGCGAGUGUGUGUGGGAAGUCGUACAUGACGACAUGCUGCACGUCGCUGAGGUCCAGACCACGAGAGGCCAGAUUGGUGCACACCAACACGUUGCUCUUGCCGCUCUGGAACUCAUAAAAGCUGUGCCCAUAUGGGAGUGGAGUGGAGUAUACCAGAACAGACAGACAGACAGGGGUCAGCAAUUGAUAUGCAGCCGUCCUUCCCUCCGUGGUAUGUCUGUACACGUGUGUGUGGUGACGAACUGACCUCUUUCGUCUCAUUUUGAAGGGCAGCUCUCCGUGGAGUGACGACACCGAGUAGCCCUUCUCCUGCAAUGUCCAGUCCACAAACCUGCACACACACACACAUAUACAUCAGUGGGCAUGUCCCUCUCUCUCCCGCCCCACCCACCUGCAGCUUUUGACGGUGUUGCAGAACACCAUCGUCUUGGCGCCCUUCACCUGCACAGUAUCCAGUGACAAUGGCCGUUGCCCUCAGUGUAGAUGGUACCUACCAUUUUUUCUUCGAGGACUUCGUGGAGUCGUGCGGUUCGUUCUUUGCCCUGAAGGGGUACGAAGACCUGCUGCAGUGCGGGCACGGUGAGGUGUGCGUCUGGGGUCAUCAUGGGCACGAGCUCCUCUCCCAGGUGGUUACGCACAAACGUCGACACAGCACCCGUACGAGUCGCACCCACCUGGCGGGCGGAUACAUACAAGCAAACAAGGCAAGGAAGGCACAAAGCACACCACAAGUUCACGGCGCUUGACUAGGGAAGGGUAGGGCAGCCUUCCUUCCCUCCACAUCUGUUUACAUACCAUGACAAUUUGUGGCUUGGGUCUUUGGUUGCGGUGGGGCCCCUGUUUCCUCAGCAGCCGUAUUAUCUGCAGCACUUCCUGCUCGUAGAAGGUGUCGCACAGCGUGUCGGCCUCGUCGAUGAUGAGGGCGUCGAGGUGGGUGAGGUGCAUGUUGCCCUUGUCAAGGUGGAAGAGCACCCGCCAGGGCGUGCCGAUGACGACAUCGACCCCCUCCCGAAGCGCCUUGACCUCCUUGACGUAUGACAGCCCCGCACUGCAUGCCGUCGACUGGACGGGGAACUGCCGCACCGUCUUGAGGAUCUGGGCGGCCAUCUCGCGGGUGGGGACGAGUAUGAGGCACUGAGGCUUCAUGGGGGUGGCGCCCAGCCGCUCAGUGUCCUUGUCGAUGAGCCUGUUGACCAUGGGCAGCACGUACCCGAGUGUCUUGCCGCUGCCCGUCUGGCCGAUGACCAGCAGGCUCUUCCGCUCCAUCAACUUGGGGAUGAUCAGCUCCUGCACAGGAGUGGGAGUCGCCAAACCCAACCUGAUCAAUCAAUGAAUGCAAUCAAUGCAGUCGUAUACACACACACAGUGAGAGCAGAGCGCAGGACUGCGGGUAUCGCAUCCCUUGCCUGGCCUCCUCUCUCCCCGGCUGGCUGGCUCCUUACUUGAGGAGUGCGAGUUGCACCUCUCUGGUGAAGGGGUAGCGGUGGAACGUUGACUGCAGACUUAUGCGGGACCUCGCCUUCUCACCACUGCCGCUGCUGCUGCCUCUCCUUGUGCCAUCGCUGCCGUCUUUCUCAGUCGCUGCAAACCGGAUGUGCAGAUUGCCGGGAUCGUUGGCCACGUGAGUGGCCGUGCUGGCAAGCCGCACUGCGGGUGCAGUGGUCCGCACAAGCACGGCUAAAUCGUAUCUCUGGCGAGGCGGCAGGAUGCGCCGACACAGCCUGGUGGUCAUCUUAGCAUUGAUGCAAUCAAUAGAUGGAUGAAUAAAUGGAUAGAUCUCUGCCUUCUCGCGGUAGCUACCGCUCCACCGCGCGGAGACCCUGCC